UUGCACCAGAAUUAUUCUUGUCACAGAUUGUGGUCAUCUGUCUUCCCUGCAGAAAUUAUCUUUUAGUAUUUCUUGAGACCAUUACCUGAUUACCGGAUUGUCUAGCGAUUCGCACGCGUUUCGUCGCCCCAAAUGUACCUAAUCGAUCGCCAGCGUUUGCUGUGUUAUUCUGAAGUUGAAGAGCAACAGUCUGGGAUCGAAAGACUUUACUUGAUCCUGCGUAGCGUUGAUUUGGGCCAGGCCGCCCCCAAGAAAAUCAAUGGAUGGCCACUGAUUCGCAAAUACUAGAGGCAGGCGUGGCCAGUAAGCCAAGAUGGACGAAUGGCAACGCAAGGGCGAACAGCAACACUAGCAAGUCCUGGAGGGGACAAGCCACCUUGCCCCGGUAUCUAAGGGAAUCUUUGCUGGACCCAUCUGAUGGAAGUAACAUCUCUGCAUCACAGCGACCUGGAGUGGCGAUAGGCGAAAGGACUCGCAAAUGUCUCGCCCGUGUAUCGGCAAAGGCAUGGAGUGUGCUGGUGCAGCUGACGGAUCGAGGAAAUGCUAGCCUGGUUGUCAUGCUACUAAUCCUUGCAACGGGAUUGGUGAUGCGCUUCAACUUGUUCCAGUCCAACAAGUCAACUUGCUCUUCAGACGGUUACUCAAGGCUGGCAUGCUAUUUCCUGUCAGCUGGCCUGUUCGGAUUCAUGGGCGGCUUCACAAAUUGGCUGGCUGUGGCAAUGCUGUUUACCAAGGUACCAUUCCUGUAUGGCAGUGGGGUUGUGCCUGCAAGGUUCAAGGAAAUCCGAGUUCGUCUGCGGAAAGAAAUGGUCACAUCGGUGUUCGACGGCCGUCAUUUCAUCCGAUACGUGAACCAGCGGACAAGAACUGCCGUUGCGUCCGCCGAUGUGCCGCAACAAAUUGCAAAGUUCCUCUCCAACCCGGAGGUUGAUAGUAUCCUUCAGCGGCGGCUCAAUGAGUUCCGCGAUGAGCCGGUGGGUCAGCUGCUGGCCUCGGUGGGUGUCAAGGCAGAUGACCAGUCAACAGUCAAACCCGCCAUUAUCGGCGCCAGCGCAGACUUAGCUCCGGCAGUCCUCACUGCCCUGGGACAGCUGAACAAGACGCCAGUACAUCUAUUUCGGCGAGAGCUGGACGCGUUCAUCACGCAACGUGCAGAAAACCUGGACCAGGAGACGGUCACGCGUAUGCUGAAGGCAGUGCUGCGUCCUCAUCUUGGCUGGAUUAUCCUGUGGGGGAGCUUUUUUGGUAUGGUUAUGGGCAUCAUCGUGCAGGCAGUCAACAUUGCACCUCAGUACUGAGCACGGUGCAUCACAUCAAAUCACAUCAUGUCAACACUACUGUGUGAUCCUGGAUAUAAACUUCCAUGGAGAUGGCAGGAAUGGAUACUGUUACAUGUGCACACUGCCCCGGGUUCCAGUUAUGUACUGUAACCGGGGCCCAUGUGCUUAGGAGAGCAUCCACAGAGAAGUGGUCGUUAUAGGCAGGCCGCGUCUUCUUACAACAGUCUCGAUGACGGUCUGCCAAAGCACAGUUGAAACUAUUCAAGGUCCGGAGCCUGUUUGGCUGGACUAUGGCUGUAUCAGGGCCUGCCUAUUACAAUACACAAUUCUAUUGCACAAAAUACCAUCCACAGGAGCAUGAUAUCGAAGGUGUUCAUACUGCCUGUCUACAUGUGCAUGGCAGGCUGUGCAGUACAUGUACUGUAUGGUCCUAUGGACUAUGCUCAAACCGAUGCUGAUUCGUCUCCACACAUUCUGAAGUAUUGGUACGUCUAACCUGACUUACAUUGCCACAUCAAGACGGGCAUCAUAGCACCACCACUGCUUCACUGUGCAUGACUAUUCAAUACAGCUUGAGCACAUUAAUGCCCAUUGGAAUACUACUUCAAGUAGAUACAAGUGUACUACAUAAACACGCCUUACCUAGGUAUCAUUGUCCGGACGAGCAUUUCACGCUUGUGCGAUCUUGAUUUACGGUGUAAAUCAAUUAUAGAAACAUCAAAACAUGUUGCUCCAGCAAUGUGGCAUGUUUACUAUCAAUUUUAUUCUAAAUCACCACCGGUCUAUAUUACUAUCCUUUUUGAAGAAUUCGUUGAAUCUCCCCAGAUUCUUAUGAAUAUCGCCUGUGCAUCGCGGUGACCGGACUAUUGUUUUGUCAUGCAGUGAGCUAGCCUGUGCUUUGGAACUAGCCUGUUAUCAGUUCAUGUUGCUUCCCUUUCCUAAUUUCGAAGAAGCAAGCAAGUCUAG